AAAAUGCUGGCCUUUAGGGAAGACUGCUCAGAAUACCUCUUACAGUUGAUAGUCCAUAGUUUCUUCUUUCAGAGACAUGUUUGCUUAAGCUGUUUUUUUGGUGGGUUUGGGGGGGGUAAUUUAAUUUUUUUAUUACUUUAUCACAUUUCAAUGCAGUAGAAAGAGAUUGAGGGGAUCCUACUGGAGUGCAUCUUGCCAUGUCAACAAUCUGAGGAGCCAGUGACUUUUUUUUUUUAGUGCCUUUGGCAGGUAUCAGUUGUAUGUCACUGCCUUGGCAGCUGUUGGUAUUAUUAGUUUUACUUUUUCAUAGUCAAGGUACUGAGUUUUUUCCUUUUAGGCAAGCAGGAAAAAAGAAGAAAUGAGACAAUGAUGUAUAACUGCACUUCCUUACUGCUUUCUACUAAAAGUCAAUGAGGAACUGGGCUUCUCAAUGUAUAUUGAGAUGUUAGUAUUGCAGAUAUGGUGUUGACAAAUUUUGGCUUUUGUUCCUUUCCUAGUCUAUAAUAUCUGAUUUCUUAAUAGAUUUUGGAUCUGGAUUAGAAUUCAUUACAAGGUUUAAAAAUUUACAAACUGGGUGUUCUGUUUCUGCUUAAUUUUGUGGGGUCCUGAGCUGUCCUCUCUUUUUAAUGUCUCAAAGCCAAAGAAGUUAGAGGGCUCCAUGUAAUCCUCUCUUGAGGUAGUAUAGCCCGUACAAGCCCAUGUUAGGGUUUAGAACUUUUCUUGUGCUCUUUUAGGGGUGUACUUCAUGCUUCAUUUCUGUGGAAGAGACUGUCUCUGUGCCAAGAUUCUUGCCUUCUGAAAAUGGCUUUUCCUUACUGUUCUUAGAAAAACUGUGGUUGCUUAUUUGACAUUCAUCUGUUCUCACUUGAACUUGAUCAGGUUACAGUGACAUACCAAAGUUUGUUACAUUACAGUAAUUUCUUAAAGCAUUUUUAAAGGCAAGACUUCUUCUCCACUCCCUUGUUUCUGUGUGUUUUUAUGUUGCUGAGUCAAAUCCAGAGAGGGUUCCUUCCAGAACUGGCCUCCUUGUUGGCAGAUUUGAGGUGUGGGAUCUGCUUCUGGUUGUCAUCAUCCUAAAGCUAAGCCUCUGUGAACUCUGAGUAGUACAGAAAAAGCAUAGAAUCUGCAUUCUUUUUUUUCCGGUAAAGCUUCAAAAUACUUGAGGCUUUCUUUAAAAGUUAUUCAACCUUUCUGUCCACUAAACUAGACCAAGCAAACAAGUCUGAUCAGUUUUUUUCUUGCUCCUGUACCUAGGCCAGCAUGGGUACCUGGUUGUGCUGAUGGGAUUUUUCAGGGGAAUGCUGACAAUGUAUGUUUGUACUCCAUCCCCACCCCCAAAUAAUUGUCACACAUUGUAAACAGUGGCUUGAGUGCUGUGCAAGAGCAUCCCUAAAGCCCAUUUUAGGAAGAUGGUUGAGGUGUAUCUCUUUGAGCAAGGUGAGGGCAGCUGAAUACAAAGCGGCCUCUGACUAAGCUGCCAAUUAAAAACUGGAUAUUCUUCUUUCCUCUGGAGAGGCGUGGAGGCUACUGGAAGUGUGCUUCCUCUUAAAAUACCUGUGGGAUUCAUCUUCUUUGGAUGAGUGACGGAAUGUAAUGCUGACAUACCUGGUUUGGGGUUUUUUUUGUACGUAAAUGCUGUUUGCAAAUCUAUGUAUAAUGGGAGAAUUGAGUGUUGUGGUUUUGUAUUGUGCUUGUGUGGGUUCUCUCCGUUUCAGAGACUUCCUCACCAGGGAGAGAGAGAGAGAGAGGAGGGAGGAUUACUUCAAUCUUUGGCAAGCAAUUUCAGUUUUUAUUAAGUCUGUUUGGAGCCAAAACUUGUCUAUGUUUCUGUCAUUUUGUCACUUUUAAUACCCUGCCCUGACUUGCUUGCUGCGAAGAGAGUAUGCAUCUGGAGAUCAAAGUUGCUCUUAACUUCAUCAUCUCAUACCUGUACAACAAGCUUCCUCGGAGGCGGGCAGACCUGUUUGGUGAGGAGCUAGAGCGCCUGCUGAAGAAGAAAUAUGAGGGUCACUGGUACCCAGAGAAGCCUCUGAAGGGAUCUGGCUAUCGCUGUGUUCAUAUAGGGGAGACAGUGGAUCCCGUGGUGGAGCUGGCAGCCAAGCGGAGCGGGCUGGCUGUGGAGGAUGUGCGUGCUAAUGUUCCAGAAGAGCUGAGUGUCUGGAUUGAUCCUUUUGAGGUUUCCUACCAGAUCGGUGAGAAGGGCUCUGUUAAGGUUCUCUACCUAGAUGACAAUGAGGGCUGCAGUGCCACAGAGUUGGACAAAGAAAUCAAGAGCAGCUUCAACCCCGACGCCCAGGUAUUUGUCCCUAUCGGCAGCCAGGACAACUCACUGUCCAAUUCUCCUUCCCCCUCCUUUGGCCAGUCACCCAGCCCCACCUUCAUCCCUCGCUCUGCACAGCCCAUCACUUUCACCACUGCCACCUUUGCUGCCACCAAGUUUGGCUCGACCAAGAUGAAGAAGGGUGGAGGAGCUGGAGGAGGGAGUGGUGGAGCAGGGGCUGUGCAGCAGCCAAGAAUGGUCAGGUCUCCCACCACCAACCUGCUGAAGCAGAAAGGCCUCUCCCUGUCUAUGCACUCUCUGAACUUCGUCGGGAGUGCUGGGAACCAAGCCCCACAAUCCCAGCUCUCACCCAAUGCCAAGGAGUUCGUUUACAGCGGUGGCUCACCAGGAGCCAGCGGUCUCUUCUUUGAUGGUGUUGCCAGUGAGAGCCAGGCCAGCAGCAUCCCGCCAGCAUCGCCGUUCAAYGCCAGCACAGGUGGUACCUUUGAUAUGGCUCAGGUCUUCGGGGGCAGCACCAAUAGCCUCUUUCUGGAGAAGUCUCCCUUCGUGGAAGGACUCAGCUACAACCUGAAUGCCAUGCAAUAUCCUAGCCAGUCGUUCCAGCCUGUUGUCCUGGCCAACUGAACACAAAGGAAGGAGAGUAUUUUGGGGUGGGGAGGGAGGGGGGAAACAAGAACAAAACAAACAAGAGGGAGAGAAAAGAAAAAUAGAAAUAUACGGAAAAUAUUAAAACCUUACAAAUAUAGGUUCUUGGGAAAAGAGAGAGCUCAGUGUUGUUGCGCUGUGCUGGCAACGCUCCUGAAGCACUAAAUUGUUUUUUAACUCAGUACCUGUGCUUUUUUCCUACUCACUUUUUUACUCCUUAUAAUGAAUCUUCGGCUUUUUUUGGUUUGUGUUCCCCCAUCCCAGCCCAGGACUGGUGCAACUGUAGGUCACAAUGCUCCUGAUUCCCUGCACCAUCCCCUGCCCCAYGCUGGACACAGGGUCCCUCCACCUGGGUGUAGGGACGUCUUCUCGGUACCACCGUGUUGGAGGAGGGAUGAGAAGAGGAUGAGUCAGUGUUGGCGGAGACACACACACACUUGUUGCAUGCUAGCCACAAUGGGUGGGGGAGCUUGCUUUUUCUGUUAUGGCUCUGCAUGUAGAUGGAGAGCAUCUCCUGUGCCCACAGGUGCAGACCAUUGCACUGUUGUGGCUCCAGCCCAAGCUGGCCUGAGCUGUUCUGUCUCAUGCUGAAAAGCACUAACUCUUCUCCCAGCACGUCAUAGUGAGAGCAGAGCAUUACUGUGAAAUGGCUUCUUCCUGUUGCCUUCCUCAUCUGCACUUCCAGCCAUGGCUACAGGGGGACAGUGCUUUGAGCUGAGUGGCUGUGGUAUUGUACUUUUCUGUACCUGAACCAGAGGACCUUUUUGUGCUCUCUCAGGGCUGCCCGGUCAGUCUGGGUGACAGCCUCUGGUGUAAAAAUACCACCUGCCUGUCCUUGUGGCUUGGGGGAGGUGGCACUGGACCAGCUGGAUCAACCAGGUCCCUGCUUCCCAGGUGUUUUCUCCAGCAGCAGGGGCCAGCAUCCACUUUGGGAGGCCUCUGAGGUAGAGUUCUCAUUAUCUGCUGUGAAUUCAUCUUCUUGUCUUAGAGAGGAAAUUUCCUUCCUUUUUAGUUAGUGAGGCAGCAGAACUUCUGAGGAAGGUAAAGGUUGAUGUUGUUGAAGGUGCUGUCAUGAGUGGUAGCAUAAGGGUUUGUGCUUUCAGCCAGGUAUGCACCUGACCAAAUCCUUUCCCUUGCCCUUCUGCAGAAGCAUGAGGAGGGGCUGAUCUAGUAUGAAAAGGAAGCACCUAUCACAAAUUCCUCAUUCUAGCUAGAUCACAUCAGCAUGGACAGCAGCAAGCUUAGGGCUUGGCUGGGAUGGGUGCUCCAAAGGCAAGUGGUCAUCCCAGCCCAUGAAUGUAUAGUGCCUCCUCACAGCAAGGCUGGGAUCUGCGACUCUGCAGCUUUCCCCAGGAUGAUGGGCUGCAGUAGUGGCGUUUCAGCUUGGUCACUUCUGUGUUCAGGACUCCAAAACCCACCUUCACAGAAAGCCAAAGGAGCGCUGCAUCAUGCCCAAGAAGGGUGGAGCAUUUUAGAUGGGAAGGGAGGUCUUCUUGGAGGCUGCUGUGUGGGCAUGCAAGUGUACAAAGAGGAGAGAGAUUGAGAUGAUGAAACUCCAGUCUUUGAAGUUCUCAGUUUAAAUGACAAAUAAGCUUUUUGCUGCCUCCCAGAUUUGAGGUUUGGAUUUUUUUAAUGAUGUUUCUUGGAGCACCCUCUGAAAUCCACUCCUCUUGCACUUGUGGAACCAGAGUGCUCUUUCAAGAAAUGUCUGUUUCAGGUGAGAGGAGCUUGACAAUGUAUUUCUCCUCCUCCUUUCCCUCAAGCUGAAAUGGAGGCACUUCAGCCCUUUUGAAGUUGUGUUGCAAAUGAGCAUUUGCAGAAGGCUGUCCCAGGCAGAUUGCCUCUGCCUGGAACUUUCCAAGGAGGGUUUCCAGCACACCCUUCCCAUGGAUGGGUGAUGGGGCACAUGGUCCUGACCUCGUGCUCAGCAUGGGUUCCCAAGCAGGCUGCUUGCCCUUGAGCUAUGACCAGCAUAUCAGGUGGGUGAGGAGAGCAGAGCCCAGCCUGUUUCCCCAAAGCUGCUGUCCCCAGCCUCAAUCAUGCAGGUUUCCAGACUAGGACAAGUUGCUGAGAAAUGGUCCAGCUGUUGUCUUUCCCUUUUUUUAUUUUCUUGAACCUGCCACUUAUGGACACUACCRCUGCCAUAGAGUCCUUCUCCCCAGCAGAAUGCUGCUGGGUGCCAUCCCACAUGCUUCACUGGACUCUGAGGGUUGCUCUGCCCCUGAGGGCAGGACCUGGUCCAGUUGCGCCACACUGUCCCCACAUCUGGCAAAGCAUCUUUGAACCACUGCCAUGACACAGCAUGCUCUCCUCCAGCACAGGGAGGGAGGGAAGAAGUGGGGAUGUCCCCCGUCCACCUGCUUGUGUGUGUGAAACUUCGAUGCCGCUUUGCCCUGCCACACAUAAUAUACCUGYUUUAAAAGUAGUGGUGUGAUUGGAAGGAGGAAAAGAAGAGGGACCAACCUCUUUGCAUCUUAAAAGGAAAAAAGUGUGCUUCAGAAAUGUUCCUCCAGCUUCAGGCAGCAAUGGAAACUAACGGCCUUUUCAGGUCUUUUCUAGUCUUGGAUGUAGGCGUUCAGCUUCAAUUUUGUUUUUUAAAAACCUGCACUAAUUUACCUGGUUUCUUAGGAAGAGAAGAGAGAUGACUUUUUUUUAACUUUUAUUUUUUAUGGGUUUAUGUUCUUUUUGUUGAUGUCCGUUUGUAUUGAAUAAUUUGCUACAUUUGUAAAAUGUAAGAGGUAUAUAUAAUAUAUGUAUAUUUCUAACGUAAAAAUGUAAUUUUUUUCUUUUCAAGAUUUUUUCUUAAAAAGAGGAGAGAAAAAAUAUUUUUUCAGGAAAAAAACUUUAAAAAAAAAAAGAAGUGGUGAAGUUUCCUUUCUCCCCACUCAGCCUCCCUUUUCUCCCACCCCUCUCCAAGGAGUGAAUCGACAGUUGCCUUGUGGGAGAGGAGUGAAAGAGGACAGAAGUUUGUAUGUCUCCGAGUGGAGGGUUUCUGUGUGUGCUCUGCUUGGGGGUGUUUUUGGAGAAGGGGACUACUGAGAGGGGGAUCCAGGGGGUUGCUGUCUUUUUCUUUUUUUUUCCUUUUUUUUUUUCUUUAGCGAAGGAGGAAUACAAUCAGAGUUUUGUAUUCAGAAUGUUGUGCAAUAUUUUGGAACGGGAUAUUGGUGUGUCUAGAGAUUUAGUUAAAAACAAACAAAAAACCCAUAAAAAGGUUGAUCAAAUCUGUACAGUUUCUAUUGUUCCAGAUUUUUUUAAGUUUGUAUUAAAAGCAUGAUAUAAUAACUGUUCAUUGUG